CAUUAUGCAAAUGAGUCACCUGAUCCGUGUUUGGCCCUGGCUACAAGAUGGCGGACAGUUCAAGUUUUGUGUGUGCGUGAUGCCGGAGUUUUGGUCGUCCUGGGCUCCGUCUGAGGUCGAAACUGUCGAAAUAAAGACAUAAAACGAUGCACUGCCCUAUCUGCGGGUGCCGGGUGGAGUCUGAAGAGCGUCUGCACGAGCAUUACCUCAGUAACUGCCCGGGAAAUACAGGUGAUGAGAUGGAGAAGGCCGGAGUAGCUGUGAGGUUCUUGUGGAACAGAACUGUCACCACCCUGGCUACGGAGGUGUUCCUGCUGUCUGACUUCAGCAAGGACCCCAUGCCUCUUCAGUGGAACAUUCCAGACGACGUGUUUGAGUCAGAGUUGGUGACAGUUCCACUUGGACCGCACCAAUGUCAGCUGGUGGUGGGGGAGGACGUUCACCCCGUCAGGAAGUUUGCAGUGGAAGAGGCCACCAGGGAAGUCCCUCUGGAGAUCCUGUCAGAUAUUGCAAAAGAUGCCGACAGAGACUCUGUAGACACAGACUCCCUGGACAGAUACAGCGGUCAAAGUUCAACCAAGGACACGAGACACUCUGUCAGGUUCACUGACACCUUUAUAAGGGACCAACCAGGUGCUGUGGGCGGGGUCAGCAGACCAACAGCCAAUGGGAAGCCUCCCCCGUGGAGUGUCAAAGGUCGUGCUUUGAUCCAGGAGAAACUUGCAGCAAGCAAAGCUGGUUUGUCAGCCAUGGACGGGGGUCGAUCUUACGGCCAAGACGGUCGCUCGAGUACUGCUAGCAUUGUGGACAGGUACAGCCGCCCUGCGAGUGGGAACUUGAAUGGCUACGCGGGACUUAACGGGAUUAACACGAACGGGGAUCGCUUAUCCGGCAGCCGUGGUAGCACCCCCCCUGCUAGUGUCACCAGCGAACAGGAGUUGUCCCAGUACUUUGAUCAGGGGAGGGACGGGGGGUACCGCGGUGCCGGUAGGGGGGCGGACGACGCCCACCACUCCCGGCACUCUCGGUCGUCCAGUGCCCGCAGUUCCGUCCGACAGAGCCCGGUAACACUUCCGUCCAGCUCCGAGCAGGUCAGACCGCGGGACUACGGCAAACGCUCGAGCAGCGUGCCGACCGUUCAGGACGUGGACAGGUUCACGUCCGACAAAAGUAGGAGCUACACGCCAGACACUUUCUCCCGAUUGGCUAACAGCUCGACGGCUCAGCCAAUAGCGUUGAGCCCCCUGGUGACCAGCAGGACGGCGCCCGUCACGUCGACGGUUUCCCGUAGCUCGUCGCACAGGAGUACGCCGCUGUCCACACACAGCAGCAGGCUGACCAACGGGGGAGUAGAAAAUGGACACAGACAGAACGGCGGAGGAGACCCAAGUGGGCGACUGCAGCAGUUAGAGGAGGAACUGGCCAUGACUAAAUCACAGCUCACAGACAGGGACAGGGACUACACACACCUGUCUGAACAGUUACAGCAGGAGCAGGAUGUCAGACUGGGUCUGGAACAGGAGCUGGACCAGAUCAAGAGGGACCAGCACACCAGCGCCUCCAUGGAGAUAGUAGAGCUUGAGAGGAAAUACAGUGACAUCCUGCGAGAGAAAGAGAACCUAGCGACGGAGGUGUUCACCCUGAGACGGGCGCUGGACGAGGCUCAGUCUGCCGCCAGACAUCCCGGCGAGAGCUCUUUCACAGAAUACGACCCCAACAACCCUACUGUGCUGCUCAAGAAGAUAGAGGACCUAGAGAGCCAGAUGCGAGAUCUACAGGAAGCUAACGAGUGUGCCGUCGGCGAACUUUCCCGCGCCGAGCAGGAGGUGGAGAAGGUGAAGGAGGAGAACGAGAGUCUCCGCACGGUCAACGACCUCAGCAUCGGCGACCUGCGCGAGGAGAACCAGAACCUUAAGGAACAGAUUGUCCUGCUGACGAAGCAGCAACAGCAGCACUCCCACAACAUCUUCAACACCUCUGACCUUGGGCUUGACGAGGAGGUCAAACAGCUUCGGCAGACGUGUCGCCAGCUGCGGGAGAAGAACCACGAGCUGAACGAGGAGAACCUUCGGCUGCGGGACGAGCUGCGCGACAUCCGGCGCAAACGGGAACGGGCGCAAAGUGAGCGGAGCAGCUACAGGCUGGGUGACUCCUGGGGCUCUGGUGCAGGUGACAAGUCGGAGCUGCAGGAGAAGAUGGAGCGGUACAAACAGGAGCGACAGACGGCCCGCGACGAGGUCAACGCCCUGAACGCGGAACUCACCAAGGUCAGGGCCCAGCUUUCCGUCUACACGGCCAACACCCCCCGGAUAUUGGACCAGUCCGUCGGCAUCUCCAGUCCCAAGAUCCACAGCACCCCCACCAACGUGCUCCCCUCCAGGUUUGACCCUUCACCCCUCAUCGGGUCAAAGUUGAACGGGAGUGUAGGUGUGGAGGACCAGCACCACGGUCGAAGGUCGUUUGAGAGGAAGACGCCGCCGUCUGCGUAUAACGGUUGGGACGCGAAAGACGCCCUUGACGGCUCUCCCCAGUCGGAUGCGUCGGACUCCACGACCCUGCUGCUGGCGCCAUGGCGACCACACGAGGGCUUCGGCGCGACGGACGACGCAGAGUCAUUGAUCGGGACGGACACUGGGCUGGGCAGCACGAAAGAGUCUAGUGCCUUCUCUAGCCACCCCUACCCUGACGCUGAUGGCUACAGUAGUACAGAUGUAGAGUCUCACUCUUACCCAGCCCCUUUCAGAGACGUUCACACGAUGGGGUCAUCCAAAGGUCGUCGCCGUAGCAACUCCAUCUCGUCCAGCAGUGACAUCUCGUCAUUCGACACCGACACAGACAAGGACUACGGUCGCUACUCCAGCAAGGCGCGGCACCGACGGUCAGGGUCAGGCGAGCGGAGCCCAAGGUCACGGAAAGAUUACCUCGGGAAGUCGAGCUCACUGCAGAGUUUGCCGACCAUGAGUAGCGACACGGAAGGUCUCCUGGCGGAGCCGCCGACGGGACGGCGCAGUAAACGCACUUCCCCACGCGGGCCGUCUCCCCCGGGGUUCCGCAGUGUCAGCCCCAAGGCCAUCGCUACUCAGCACAACAGGGACUAUCAUACUAUUAGUUCCAGCACACCAAACCUGAGUGUUCCGUCCCGUCCCCCGUUUGUCCCCCGUACUCCGGCCGACGUGCAGCUCGGCUACAAGUGUAAGUUCUCGCGGCCCGGCGGGAAGAUCAGCAAGGGGAGCGUCCUGUACGUGGGGCACCUCCCCGGCCGCAGCGAGGCUUACCUGGGGGUCGAGCUAGACUCUGAAGAUGGAAAACAUGACGGUGUGUACAAUGGACAGAGAUUCUUUGUGUGCAAACCAAAUAAGGGCGUGUUCGUCAGUUUCAACAAAGUCAUCAUGGUGUGGGGAUGACCAAGAUGAACAGCAGGGGCAGAACAUUUUAGACCAGAAUCGUCCUCAGUGUAGUUCUAUCAAGUUGUUUAUGAAAGAAUUCUAGUCAGUUACAUAAGAUUUGUUUCUGCUGAAUAAUGUCAGAGUAAGACUGUAUAUUUUUUAUUUGUUGAUGUUUCAGUCUACAUGUAGAAUACUGUUGUUAUACAGUGCUGAUAGGAAGAUACAAUUAUUCAAUGCACUCUGGUCUGUCCAACUCUGUUGACAGAUAUUCAUUCCAUUUUCUCAUGUGCUCGUCAGAACUUCUCAAAACUUGAAAUAAAAGGCCAUUGCCAUGACAACUGAACAUAGAUAAGAUGCAUGAUGUAACGUAUGUCAUUUUAGAGUUUAGAAGUCAUUUUCUAAUUUCCAAGGGUACUUGAAUUUCUUCUCUGGUAGUACAGCAAAGUCAUGUUGAAGGGUUUGCUACCUUCUGUAUUAUAUUAUUAUAUAUUUUGGCAUAGGGCAUAAAGGUACAGAUAUACAUUUGACUUUGAAAUUUGCUGGGAAUUCUAGCAACUAUCCAGUGUUGUAGGCUACAUGUUGUGUAGACAUGCAGUGACUUCAGGACUUAGCAGAAAGUUUUUACUUUUUUUCUGACUUUACAACUUCUCAUGAUUAAGAAAAGCUCAUUAUACCCAUGAAAGACAUUCCAGUACAUGUAUAUCAUAGUUGAAUUCUGUAAAUUUAAAGUGUUUAUUUUAUGAAUCCUGUACAAUUAUUUUUAUGUGACCUGUACAGGACUGUCACAUAUAUACUGCGAAAUACAGAGGACCAAUAUUUCCAUGAUCCAGUGACUUCUCAACAUAAUGUUUUUAGCAGUAGAAUUGUUUUAGAUACAACUGUUCCUAUUUUAGCUUUAUCAUUCCACUGUUCUCUUCUCUAUUUGAACAUAAUACUAACCUUCUUCCUGCUACUGUAGCCUUUUGGCACCAAAUGUGUAUACUGGUAGUUUCUAGGAAUAGGUAGCAGGGAGAAAGUUAAUACAAGGUGUAGAUAUUAAAGAUUAUGGCAGUUUUUCUUAUGAAUAUGUUGAACAUUUCAUGAAAUCAUUGAUUUGAUUAUAAUUGUUCAGUAGUUUUUGUAGCACAUGUAGGUAUUCAUAAUACUCAGUGGACAUGAAUUGGUACAAAUUCUACACAAGUUCUGCUCAGUAGAGUUUUUGGCUAGUACUACUCUAUACUUAGAUCUAGCCAUGGAAGUGAAGUGCCAUGUAAACUAUGUGGCAGGUUGUUCCAGCCUUACAGAGCUUAUUUGCCCCAUUGCUGUUUAGUAGUACAUAUUUUGACAGUGUACCUUGUUGAAGAUACAUCCACAAUGUAAUGCUUUUUUUAUACAAGUACGUACAAUAUACUGUAGCUUACAAAUAGAGAGUUGCCGCAUUCAGUUGUUGAUCUAGAAAAUACUAGCCAGUUCUGAUUCCAAACAUUCAAGAUAUAAGACCAGGUAUAAUUGCAACUAUAGACAUAGAUAUAGUAGUUCCUGCUGGCCAUGUUUUUAAUGGUUUGUGUUUGAAGGGGUGUGGUCCAAACUCUGCUGUUCCAUUGGUUGGUUAUGACCUCUCAUGACCCUUGACCUCUGCUAGAUGUCAGUGUGUUCUUGUACAUGUGUUUUUAGAUGUGUUGUUGGUGUUGGGUAAUGUUGUUGAAAAUAACGUGCCAAUCAUUCUAAACUAAAUCUGGUGUAAAUAUUAUUGUAAUUUCAAUGAGAGUACAUAUUUUACUACAAUGGGAAACAUGUUCUUUUAAAAAGUUGGUGAAUGAUUUUUAUGGCAUUUUAAAAUGUUAUUCAGUUAUUAUUAUACUAGUAACUGCAGUGCUCAACUCUUCAAUUGUGUAAAAUGAAUUCCUUCUAGAUUUCUUAUGUCCAAUGAUGAAGUAAAGAUUUUGUGUUAAGAAAGUUGUCUUGUCUUAAAUUUCCAGGUGAAUG